AUGAUCACUUCCAAAGCUUUUUUCAUUGUUACUACAAUUGUUUUCAUACGCAAUGCUCAUGCACUUCGUACAGCCGCUUUUCCGAUUGGGGGUCUUUUUAAUCGGGAAACACUGGAGACAUCCAGGCAGGUAUUUGAGAACAUGAUUGAAGCGAACCAAAUGAUGACGUACCACGGCCGGUCCUUGGAUUCGAAGGUAGUCGACAGCUAUUCCACUUCAUUAGAACUGUGUCCAUUUACUUCAGACAACAGAGGGAUCGUGGCUUUAAUAGACGCUCGCCCGACUUACGGCAUCUGCGACACUACUUGUUUGUUGUGUAAUAGAUUUAAUGUUACACAUUUGUCGCUAGGAUGGGAGCCUAUCGCGACACAAGCUGAGGAUUUCUUCACGUUUGCUUAUCAUCCACCUCCAGAAUUGAUAUCGAAGGCUUACGCAACGCUCAUCAAGGACUUGGGCUGGGACAAGUUCACGAUUCUGUAUGAGGAUGAUAGCAGUUUCAUACGCCUACAAGAAGUGAUAAACACGUGGCCAACAGCAGUGGGCGUGGAAUCAAUUUUAUUCAAAAAAUUGGAUCCCAACGGUGACAAUCGAGAAACAUUCAAAAAUAUAUUUAAAGUGUCCCGGAUGACCUAUCACAUACUGGACUGUAAUGUAACAAAUGUCCACAAAUAUAUGAACGAAAUAAUACAAGUUGAAAACUCCACGGAAUAUCAAAGUUUCAUAUUAACAAAUCUAGACUCAUACAGUUUGGACUUCAAGCAAAUUCCUGCGCUAAUGGCGAACGUAUCCACAUUGCACUUGACCACGCCGAGUGAAGCGACAUGGAAGGACAAAGGAAUGCUGGGAAACGCUGCACUAGGGCUCGAAACAGCAUUAACAGCCGACGCGUUAAGUCAUUUGGAAAAAGCUAUCAGAAGUAUGCAGGUAGAUGAAGACCCUGCGGAACCUCCUGCUCUAUGUUUAAGGACUUCUAAAGAGGAAUACGAUGAAAGCGCAUGGCCUUUAGGAUACGAUCUAAGGGAAGCACUACGUAAGACAACUACCAAAGGUUUCUCAGGACACAUAGAAUUCAAUGAUGAAGGAAAAAGAAUCAAUUUCAAAUUACACUUUUCAAAGCUAAAUAAAGAGAGUCAGUUUAUGUAUGCCGGAGAUUGGGACUUUAAGACGAAUGUUAUCACCAAGAAGGAUAUAGAUGAUAGAUCAUUAGCUGUGAAUACUAAUUCAAAAAUAAAGGUGGUGACCAGGAUAGGAAGACCAUAUUUUGACAGAAAAGAUACUGUGAAUGGAACCAUUUAUCGCGGCUACUGUGUGGAUCUUAUUGACGCGAUAUUCAAGUACAUAAAGAAAACAAUGAAAAUUGAAUUGGAAUAUGAGUUUUAUGUAGCUCCGGGGAAUGAAUACGGCAGUCAAUUAGAGGGCACAAAGAAAUGGAAUGGAAUUAUUGGAGAAAUUAUGGAUCAUAAAGCACACUUAGGUAUCUGUGAUUUGACGAUAACUUCAGAGAGGAAUUCGGUCGUGGAUUUUUCAAUUCCUUUUAUGACUUUGGGUAUAAGCUUGUUGUUCAGAGAAGAAGAUCCUGAAGCCCCGGACAGGUUUUCAUUUAUUAAGCCUUUGUCUUUGGACGUUUGGUUGUAUCUCUGUACUACGUACGUGAUUGUCUCAUUUGUGCUACUGAUUUGUGCAAGAAUGAGUCAAGACGAUUGGGUAAAUCCCCAUCCAUGUAAUCAGAAUCCAGAGAACCUCGAGAAUAUAUGGAGUCUUUACAAUUGUAUGUGGCUUACUAUGGGAUCCAUUAUGACACAAGGGUGCGAUAUAUUGCCAAGAGCUGUGGGCUCGCGGUGGGUUGCAGGCGUGUGGUGGUUCUUUGCACUUAUCGUGACUGCCUCGUAUACAGCCAACAUGUCGACUUUCCUCAGUAACAGUCGAAGAAGCAAUGUCAUUAACGACGUGAAGGAACUUUCUGAACAAAACAAAAUUUCUUACGGAGCUGUGUACAAUGCUUCCACGUAUAAAUUUUUCCAAACAUCGAAUGACACGGUUUAUUCAAAAAUUUGGGAUGUAAUGGACUCUGCAAAGCCAACAGUUUUCAUGGACAGUAAUGAUGAAGGAAAAGAUCGAGUUCUUAGAAGCAAAGGAAAAUAUGCGUUCUUUAUGGAAUCAACUUCGAUCGAAUAUUAUAUGAAGAGGAAUUGUAAAUUGAAAAUGCUCAGUUCUAAAUUAGAUUCCAAGGAAUAUGGUAUUGCUAUGGCCAAAAAUUAUCCGCAUAAAGGUUGGGUGGAUAAUGCAAUAUUAUCGUUACAAGAGUUGGGUGAACUUGAGAAAUUGAAGAAGAAAUGGUGGGAAGAUGAAGACAACGAAGAACAUUGCGAGAAAAUUGUCAAAGUAGAAGAUGACAGCGGUUCGCUCCAGAUGAAAAACACCAGCGGUAUCUUCUUGGUGCUUGGUUCAGGUGGACUUUUAGGCCUUGUGGUGGCCAUUAUAGAUUUCAUGUUCCACGCUAGAAAAAUCAGUGUCAAAGAAAAGGUGACGUUCCUCGAGGCUUUAUCAAGUGAGUGGCACGCGUCUUUGAACCCUCGCGAGCUGCACAAACCCACGGCUCCUCCAAGGUCUGCACCGCCUUCCACCGCCACCCCCUCUCCACAACGCGAGCGGUCACAAUCACGAGCAGUCUCGGUUCUCAGGGCUGCCACCUCCUUCAUCAACUUCGAUGAAAUCUAUUGA